CGCUGAGAAAUCCCUGUCUAUUAUUAGAAUCCCACCCUCCUUCCUUCGGCUCUCCUCUUCUUUCUCUCCUCCCCAUUUUCUCAAAUCCUCAACUCAUCAACCAAAGCUUGACCUCUCUCUUUCUCUCUCCUUUCGCCUCUUCUUCUUUAAAUUUCCAACCUUUCUGAUGUUCUCCUCAUGAUUCUGCAUCUGGGUGCUUUUGGUUAGCUUCUCUGCAAUCCAGGACUUGGCUAUUCAGUGAUUUUGAUUUGUUGGGUUCAGUUCCUUUUAAGUUGGUCACUGGCAUUGAGGCAUAGGAUCUUUGGUCGGCUCUUAUUAGCUUAGAAGAGAUUCUCCAAUGCUAAAUUUUGUCAGGGGCAGACGAGAGUCACGAUCCACUAGACCCGUGUCGCUUGGCAUGGAUUACCCAGAUCCCAAGAGGAAGAACAAUUUUGUAGGAAAGAUAAUUUUGGCGGCUGCCCUUACGGCAUUAUGCAUUAUUAUGCUGAAACAAUCCCCAUCAUUCAAUCCUUCUAGCACGUUCUCCAUUCGUGAUUCAGGAGUAACCCAUGUCCUAGUAACGGGAGGUGCUGGGUAUAUUGGUUCACAUGCUGCAUUACGACUUCUAAAGGAUUCAUAUCGUGUAACUAUUGUGGAUAACCUCUCACGGGGAAACUUAGGUGCAGUCAAGAUUCUUCAAGGAUUAUUUCCUGAGCCUGGGAGGCUGCAGUUUAUUUAUGCUGACUUGGGCGAUCCAAAAUCUGUUGACAAGAUUUUUUCAGAGAAUGCAUUUGAUGCUGUGAUGCAUUUUGCAGCUGUAGCAUAUGUCGGGGAAAGUACCCUUGAUCCACUUAAGUAUUACCAUAAUAUUACAUCUAAUACAUUGGUAGUAUUAGAGGCAAUGGCUAGACAUCGUGUGAGAACAUUAAUAUAUUCUAGCACAUGUGCAACAUAUGGAGAACCAGAAAAGAUGCCUAUUACUGAAGAAACUACACAGGUCCCAAUUAAUCCUUAUGGAAAAGCUAAGAAGAUGGCAGAGGACAUUAUCCUGGAUUUCUCCAAGAACUCAAACAUGGCGGUCAUGAUCCUAAGAUAUUUCAAUGUGAUUGGGUCAGAUCCAGAGGGCAGACUAGGUGAAGCUCCCAGACCUGAACUUCGUGAGCAUGGGCGCAUAUCAGCAGCCUGUUUUGAUGCAGCUCGUGGUAUUAUUACUGGGUUAAAGGUUAGAGGAACUGACUAUAAGACAGCUGAUGGCACUUGCAUAAGGGACUACAUUGAUGUCACUGAUCUAGUUGAUGCUCAUGUGAAAGCUCUUGAGCAUGCACGGCCCAGUAAAGUGGGAAUCUACAAUGUUGGCACUGGAAAAGGGAGUUCUGUAAAGGAGUUUGUGGAGGCAUGUAAGAAGGCAACUGGGGUGAACAUUAAAGUUGAUUUUCUUCCCCGCCGGCCUGGUGACUAUGCUGAAGUGUAUAGUGACCCAUCUAAGAUCUUGCGUGAACUAAACUGGACAGCACAACACACCAAUCUUCAAGAGAGCUUGCAGGUUGCGUGGAGAUGGCAAAAGUCGCACCGAGAUGGAUAUGGAACCCCUCUGAUAGUGUCUUCUUGAAUUAUACCCCCUUGAUGAUUUCUUCUAAAUUGAGUCAACAGUUGCGUACCUUACCGAGAUUGACACAGUAUGCAAUGCUACUUGAGCCACACGUCUUUAGCUUGACUGGAAAAGGGGUUUACGAAUUACCAUUGAAGAAAAAAAAAUAGGGGAUUAAUUUUUGUCAUUAUAUUAUAUUAUAUUAUUCUUUAGUAGUAGUAGAGAGCAGCCUAUACCGUGGCCGGAAAAAGGAGCAGCCUAUGUUUUACAUGUAUUUGAAUGAUGAUAUCAAUAAAUGAUGCCCAGGAGCGGUAUGCCUUUUAUGCAA